ACAUGAUGUUUAACCAGCUGCAGAAGAGGAACAUGGACUCUGUCUACAUCACAGGAGUCAUUCAGAGGUUCACCAACAGCAUACAAGCUAUCAGGAAUCAACAGCAGUUAUAAAUGUGGCAGAUGAGCUCAAGCAGCUCAACAGCUCUCAGAGAAGUGCCACUGCCAUCGACGCAGUCACCAAGAAGAAAGAGGAAAGGACACCGUGGAGGUAUCGACUCUUCGGGCGCCCCUUGAAAAAGGAAAAUCCUCCUAAAGACAACAAGCAAAGCGUCACCACCUCAGAUGGCAAAAAAUCAAAGGAGGUGAAGAAGCCACGUUGGUGGAUGUGUUGGAAGAAGAGAUGUAAGGUUGGACCCAUCCCUGAAGAACAAAAGCCGAAGGAGGCGUGCCACUCCAAACCUGAAACGCCUAACCACCACACCAAGAAGGAGGAACAGCCAAAACAGAACAAUGUUCCUAAAGACCAACCUAAGAGAAAGAAAGAAGUUACAGUGGCCCCCAUAAAGACCCCUAGAUAUAAGCAGAUGAGCUGUCUUGGGUUUCCCAACCCAGUGCAGAUCUGCUAUAUGAACUCCUGCUUGCAGAGCCUCCUGACACUGGUAUGCUUUAUCAGAGACAUUAGCCAACAGCAGCAGGUUUGGAGUCUGAGCCCCAACGCAUCAAUCAUAAGAUCAUUAAUAGAUAUCAAACAGUCCCAUUUCUCCAGUAAUGUUCGUCAAAAACUCCGCGUUCUUGCUGCAUUCAAGAAGGCGGUGUCGCUUAGGGACAUAGAAUUUGAAGAUCUCAGUCAGAAAGAUGCUCAUGAGUUCCUCACGUCCGUGCUGCACCAGAUCAGGUCCUUGGGCCAAGAGCUGCAGGUGCUGGCUGCCAGCAAUGGCACCAUCUACAGCUGUCCGGUGGAGAAUAACAUGGUGUUUAAAAUGCUAAACACCAGGAAGUGCAAGAGUUGCGGAACAGGAUCUGCUAGAGAGGAGGAUUUCACAAACUUAUCCUUGGACAUGAUACCCGGAGGAGGAACAGUACAUGAGAUGAUCGAAGAUUACCAGAAGGAAACGCAGUUGGAGUAUUUAUGCAAGUGCGGUGGUACCGUGUCAGGCCAGCAAUCAUCAUUCAUCAAUCUGCCAAGAGUGCUCGUCUUACAUGUGAAGCGCUUCAAGUAUUCUCCAACAUACCAGCUGAUAAAGGACCAUGACCCCAUCGUCCUCUCCAGAGAAGUUGUGGUGUCAUCCAAGAAGGGUGGUGGCUGCUACAGUUUGGUUAGCACCAUCAACCAUAUCGGCGCCACAGCAACAACAGGACACUACAUCUGCGACGGGGUGGAUCCAGAUGUCGGCCAGAGAGACCCGACUGACCGGUGGUUCACCUACAAUGAUGCAAUGGUCACUGAGACAAGUGGUGCCUCUGUCUGUGACCACCGGCAAAGAUCUUCCUACAUCCUGUUUUACCAAAGACAGGAAUAGACGGCGGGACGCUCCUCAAGAAGACUGGACACCAUCAUCAGUCAUCUUGAUCCCUAAAACAACAAGUCCUCCAAACAACAACCACGGAAUGAGCCGUGGAAAGGUAGGUGGCUAAUUUCUCUGCCUUUCAUUUCAGAGUUUUGGUGAAGAUGGAGGACUGAGAUGGAGAGAUCAUACCAGUACACCCAGAGAGAAAGAUGGAUGAAGACCACAUCCUUGGGCAGAUGGAUGAUGAGCAUGUCCCGUUGCUAGGAGGAGCAGAAAGAUCGCCAGCCCUCAGGAGGAACGGCCCCCCCCCCCCCAGAGAGCCAGGAUCCUCCCAAGGUUUCUUCCUAUUACAGGAAGUUUUUCCUUGCCACAGUCGCCACAAAUCACAGCUCUUGUGAGCAGUGAUCCAAAUUCUAAUUGGCUCUAAAUUGGAUUUCAAUAUCAUGGCUUGCUCUCUAGGGAAGAACAAAUUUAGCACAUUACAUUGCUUCUAUUUCUAUAUUAUCUUCUAGGAGAUAGAAGUUAGCAUACUAACCAGCUUGCCCCGGUCUGGCUGGACUGUUACGUCACUUUCCGAUACCAAGUCACUGUAAUGUCCAGUCUAACAUGAAGAAGUAGCGUUGCUCAGAUGGUGUAUUAUAACCUCUUUUCUUAAAUCCAAUCUUGGCUGAAGCUCUUGGCAAGACUGGUAAGUACAGCUGUUAAUGCUAACGUGGGCUAUUCAGUAAUUGCAAAACAUAAUACGUUUUGAAUAAUAAUGAAAAUAGGUUGCAAGACUUUUCUUUAAAAGUUAUUUGUUUGGGCAGUUUUUUGCCUUUUAUUCGGAUAGGGACAGUGAGAGUGUGACAGGAAAGGUGGGGAGAGAGGGGGGAUGACAUGCAGCAAAGGGCCACGUGUCCUUUGCUGCAUGUCAGCAAAUGGUCGCUGCAGUAAGGACUGAGCCUAAGUGAUGCUCUACCAGGUGAGACCCCAGGAAGCCCCAGUAGGUUGCAAGACUUAAUAUGUUUUAAAGAGCAAAGGUGUAAGGUGGUGUCAAGGAUGACAACCAAACUCUGAACCUGGGGUGAAGGAAGAACUGUGAUAUUGUCGCUAUGUAAAGAGAAACUGUCGGGUUUGGUGCUUUUGGUGCUUUUCAUGGUGCACAAAGACGCUCUACAUGAUUUAAAAAAAGAUCAUAGAAACAUACUAAAAGUAUACAACAACUUCUGAAAGGGUAAGUUUUGAUUAGGGAUUUGAAUGUGGACAAUUCGGUGCAGUCUCUGAUGUGUUUGGGGAGAGAGUUCCAGAGAGAGCGGGCAGCUAUGGAAAAGGCUCUGUCGUCUCCGUUGUCUGUUUGUGAGAUGUGACCUUACCCA